AUGGGCUUUUCUUCUGUUGGAAAGGCUGGUUCUCUGAGUAGCAUUGGUGGCCCUGCUGACGGUUCCCAUUUGGGACAGGCAGUUACAUCGCAACAGAGUUUUAACCAGUCAAUACCGCAACUUCCACCUGUUCGCCAGCAAAUAUCAUCACUCCAGAAGCCUAUUCAGUCACCUCAGCUCUUGCCACCUUCCCUUCUGUCACACCCUAAAAUUCCAGCAUCCUACUCACAAAUGCAGGCACCCCUUGCAUCUCUACAGCAGCUUGGUCAGCCUGGCUUCGUCAUUCUGCCAGUCGAACACCCUUCAGUCGAGAACUGCCAACAGUUAGUUGGAUUGGGCGGACAGCCGUCUGUUUUGCAACCUCAGUGCAAAUCGACAGCAGCCUCCUGCUGCUGUUUUACAGCAACUGCUUCAGCCUCUUCAGCAGCUGCCUUCUCAGUUAGCUCAGAUGCUGUCACAACAGAGACAAACCUGCAGGCAAGCUUCCAGUCGUCCCAGCAAGCAUUCUCCCAACUGCAACAACAGUUGCAGCUGAUGCAACCAUCAAAUCAAGGUUUAACAUCACAGCAGAGUUCUCUGGCUACUAAACAGCAGUCUCAAUGGGCGGGGAUUGUACCACAGAUAGCUGCCAGCACCAUUGCUACUACUAUGCUGGCUGCUGAUGUGCCUGCAUCCAAAUCUGCUGCUCCUUUGAUUACCCAGGCUGUGGCUCCAUGGGAGAAACCUGAAGAGUUGACAAUACUAGAACAUCAGCAUCAACAAAAACCAUUAGCUCAGCAACAUCAAGCCCAGUCGCACCCUCAAGUUCCAUAUGCCCAGCAAGGUCGACAAACACAAUCAGUCCAGCUGCAGGCUCAGCUUCAAACAAAGCUCCACAACCACCAGCAGUCUACUUUUUCAUCAUUGUGCCAGGCUUCUGGAGUUACAGGUCACCAAAAUGUUCAGGACCCUGGUUAUACACAAUUACAGGUAGUAGCUGGUUCAGUUAGUGGUUCUACAUGCUUCCAACAGGGCUUUCAGGCUUCUCAGGAGUGGAUGUGGGAGAAUAACUGA